ACAAACAAUUUAUAAUUCAUCCAUGGUCAAAAUCCACUAAAGACACUUGAGAUCUACACACAAUAACACAGUGAAAACAUCUGGGUCACUGAAUACACAACAAUACAUUUAAAGUGUGCCAUGUUUGAAUUGUGACGCACACUUCCUGUAAGUUACUACUCUCUUUUUUCCUAUCGAGCUGACCAAUCAGGGGGCUUGUAGCGAUGACGACGAUGUCCCGCGACGGACAGAACUGACCAAUGGCAGGAGAGUUCCUCCGCUCGCUCGACCAAUAGGAAGAGAGGAGGUCUAUUUGAACGGUGAAAAGCGCGCUCGCCAACAUUCGAGAGGGAAACAAAGAAGGAGUCAACAUCUCGCUGCUGUUGGACGCGAAAACAACUGGAAUACGUUUACUUUUCCCAUCAGGAUAUUUUGGCAAUCACAAGGUUUUCCCCGUCAUGUCUCACAAACAGAUCUACUACUCUGAUAAAUACGACGAUGAAAAGUACGAGUACAGGCAUGUAAUGCUACCCAAAGAGAUCGCAAAGCGUGUACCCAAGACCCAUUUGAUGUCGGAGACCGAGUGGAGGAACCUGGGGGUCCAACAGAGCCAAGGAUGGGUGCAUUACAUGAUCCACCAGCCAGAGCCACACAUCUUGCUGUUCCGGCGCCCUCCCCAGCCAAAAGUCAUAAGGGGGAGAUUCUCUGGGUCCUUGGAAGAUCAGUCCUACUUAUGUGCCACAGAUCAACUCAUCAAAAUAGUGAUCAUGCUGUCAGAUUACCAAGCUCUUGUGUGGUAGGUGACUUACUUGGGCUGACCGCGUUGGACCUGGAGGAGGACUAUCGCAUUUAUGAACAGUGGUUGUGGAAUGGAGUAUGCGUUGAAGGAAAAGGGGAGGGGGAAAAAAAAAAAAAAAUCACCCUACUCUUUGGGGGAAAAGACUUCUUCAUGUGUUAACGACACGCCGUCUGCCAGAAACCUUCAAAUCAGCUCACACUGUCUUUUUGACUUAACCUAUCUGUCCAACUUGCUGAACCUGCUUGGAUAUUCCAGCUUUUUAGAACAACUGUUAUAAGAUGUGGGAAGUGAAACGUGUUAAAACAUUUGAGUAAUUCUAACAAAGUACAUUCUGGGUUUGCGUCAGAACACAAGCCAAAUGGAAUAGUUGGAUCCUACAUUUAAGUUUGACUCUGAAACAUCAAAUUGCGGUUUUAAGUGACAUGUUGCUGCUUGGUUUAAAUGACACUGUAAAUUGGCAUUUAACAAUUUUUGUCAUGUGCAUGGAAAGCCGCGUCCAUAAGAGUCACGUAGAUACUGGUUUUGAUCCCUUUUCCAUAAGAGCAUAUUAUAUUAGCUUUGGCCUACUUUAAAACAAUCUUUCUGAUGGGUCUGGUUGUACCAGUGCGCUGCUCAGUAUUUAUGAAUGUGUUGCCCUUUAUGAAAUAAAUGUAAACUUUUAAAUCUUAUUAGUGUGGACUUGUGUUUUGGCAGUAUUUGAGUUUAACAACUACUGUACGAUUACACAGAACCACUUGACACAUGAAAUUGCAUGUGGUGGAACAAAAGGCAGUUGACAGCUUUGAUGGCAGACACUACCCUAAAAUGCUCUUAUAGAAUAAAUCUGGAUCAUUGAGAUGUUGGAAGGCCAAUUGUGUUUAUGUUGGUUUUUGGUAUUAAAUAAUCUUGCAUUAAGGCACUUGUUUUCAUUGUCAAACUUGUUCUGAACACGCACUCUGACAUUUGUUUGCCUUCUGUCCUUUUUUUUACAACCACAUACUGAGCUGCUCUGCUGUCACUGAGGCAAACAUUUAGCCUUGAAUUGUUCUGUGAACUUGUGCCUUUUUGUAGGUAUUACACAUGUAGGUAUAGAGCUGUUCUACCUUUCAGAAUUAUUAAAAAAAAUCAAUGUGG